GUCUGUUUAUUUGAUUUGCGCAGCGAUGGAGAGUGCAGACCACCCCUACUGGCCUCGCUCCCUGUCUAUCCCGGGGUACAGGCCCAAUGACCGCAGCAUGGCUGAGAUCCUGACCUUCCUCUUUUCCGUGUCGGGGGCCCUGCUCCUUGGGACCUGGCUGCUGUCGGGCUGGGCUGGCCCGAGACUGAGCACAGGGCGCAGACUGGUCCUGUGCUGGUUCUCAGUCUGUGGCUUCAUCCACGGAGUCAUCGAGGGCUGGUUCAGUCUCUUCCACCUUCAGAUCCCCGCAGACCAGCACUUCCUCUCCCAGCUCUGGAAGGAGUAUUCCAAGGGGGACAGCAGAUAUGUCAUAGCUGAUAACUUCACAGUGUGCAUGGAGACAAUCACAGCUUGGGCGUGGGGUCCUCUCAGUGUGUGGACUGUCUACGCCUUCCUUCAACACAAACACUAUCGCUUUGUGCUUCAGCUCGUCGUAUCACUAGGCCAGCUGUAUGGGGACGUGCUGUAUUUCUACACAGAGUAUCGGGAGGGUUUCUCUCACAGUGAGAAGGGACACCCCCUGUAUUUCUGGUUCUAUUUCAUCUUCAUGAACGCUCUCUGGAUUGUGAUCCCGGCUCUACUCAUAGUGGACGCCUGGCACCACCUAGCAGCAGCUCAGAGUCAUGCAGACAAAUCCAAAGGGCCACGACAGAGGAGCCACAUCGAUUAGAGACACAAGAACAACACAAUAUGACGUAGUUUUUAAUUUUGCUUUUGACCAAAUGCCACCGGGAUGGAGAUAUCCAAGCUGAGGAGAAUCGCAGCAAUUCAAACUGGUGUCAGUCUUAUCUGACGCUUUCCUAUUGUUGACUUUGGAUAUCUGCACCCCACUCAAUCACAACAUGUUGUUUCUCUAAAGAGGUUUGUGAUUCAUUACGGUAUUUUGGGAACCCCUGAAGAAAAAGCAUUGCAAGGAAAAAAUGCCUCAGGUGUUACUUUUCAAAUAACGUACCUGUAAUUUUUCUUUUUAUUGUUAACAUCAAAAUAAAGAAUAAAGUGUAAUGAAUGAAUAAAUAGACUUGGUACCAUGAUAGUUUAAACAGAAAUAAAUAGUAGUAUCACAAAACAAUUCAUAGACUGAUAUAGAAAUCAGUGAAGGUAGUUGCCAUGGCAUCAAAAACCCAUGAGUACCUCCACUGUUUAUUUUCAAACACACUUUGCCUUGACAAAG